AUGCGCACACAAACUUCGCUCCGAGUGCCGUCUGUGUUGCAGGUCAAGUACCGUCGAGGUCGAACAACACGUCAUGACGAGGAGAACAAGAACCUGAGUGCAGUGGAAUCCUAUCAGCUGCAAGCUGGCAGGGACCAGGUGCUUUGCAGUGUGACUGGGAACGUUUCGCACGUUAUUAUGCUGCAACAACUUCCGGAGCGGGAGUACGGAGCCGGGCAUAGUUGUAACGAUGUGCGAAGCACUUUGACCAUGAAUGUGGGCUUAGUCACCACGAGACAGGGCCACUCCUCCGAGGUCGAGGUCAACAGCGGCAUCGACGAGUACAGAAAGAUGAGCCGACGGUUCGAGGUCACGGCAGAGGACGGGCUUUCUAGCGUGCAGGUCGAAAUCAAACCAGCCAUGGAGGUACUGCGUCCAAAAAGGAGCUGGGGACGCACGCGCGCCAUCUUCCUCAGCCAUUGCUGCCAGCCCUGGCUGCCGACGGUGGCUACAGCGGAGCAUUCGACCGGCGGCUACUCGGAGCCUGUCAAACAUGAGGUGCCCACAGAAGCUGCGAACUGGUGCAGCCGACUAUGGCACUAA